UAGGCGUUUUCCAUGCCCAGCGCGGCCUAUAAACGCUCCGCGGCAAGCUGUGUGCGAUGGGGCUGAACGGUAACCAUCGACAUAUAGAAUGGACUGCUGAUGGCAGUGGAGGGGGUAAUUUCUCGAGUAGAGUGAGAGGCAGACAAUAUGAGGUGUCCUGUCGUCUCUGUUUAGUAAAGCCUGAUUGGUGCCGCUAACUCUGCAGUGCUGUAUGCUGUACCUAGCGUUCCUCAAGCCAAACGUUAUAGAACCGGCAAUAACAUCAAUAGUAAGCCGUGUAAGAGAAGUCGUAAAAUGGUUAUUACGUGUAUAAUGUUCCUGUAUAAUAGCACAGACGAUGCAUCUAUCUCUUUUCACAUAUUUUCUACAGAUAAGGAUCGUAGAAGGAAGUGGUUGCAAGCAAUGAAUAUAGAUGAAGCUGCCAAAUCAGCUCGACUAUGCUCAAACCACUUUAAAGUUACAGACUUUACAGAAACAAUAUAUGGACAUAGACGACGUCUUAAAAACACUAUUCCUUGUAUUGGAAGAAAAACCAACAACGAUGACAGUGCGAAUAAAGCGAUCAUAUCUGAAGAACAGUCGGAUAUAAUAGAAAUAGAAGAAUGCAAUAUGGAAUGGAAUCAUGCUGCAAAGGAUAAACCGAAUUCGUUGAAAAGGAAAUCAAUGGGGCAUGAAGAAGUGGAUGUUCCUUUGCAACACAUCAGAAGACUGAAGGACAUCAACGUGAACAAAGUGUCCAAACAUGCGGAAGAAGCAAAAUUUGUAAUAGAAGGUUGCAAUGGAAACAAUAGAAGAUAAGCAAAACGAAAUAAGAAAGUUGAAAUCGUACGUAAAUACCC